UACCAUUUUCUUCAGAUGGGGGAGGGCCGAAGGAACACAUCCUCCUCCCCUCAGCUUACUGUAGAUGGUUCCGCCGAGGCCGCACGAAUAACUACUUUCAGAGCGGAGCUGAGACGGACUGAACGUGAGUCACAAGGGACCAUGAGUGACGGUGACAAGAACCCAGCCAGCACUCCCACCCCAGUCACUGAUGUGCAGGGGGAUGGGCGAUGGAUGUCACUGCACCAUCGCUUUAUUGCUGAUAGCAAAGACAAGGAACCAGAGGUUGUCUUCAUUGGCGAUUCGUUGGUGCAGCUGCUGCACCAGUUUGAGAUCUGGAGGGAACUUUUCUCCCCUCUGCAUGCUCUCAACUUUGGCAUUGGGGGCGAUGCCACCCACCAUGUGCUCUGGCGUCUGCAGAAUGGAGAGUUGCAGCACAUCCGACCAAAGAUCGUGGUUGUCUGGGUAGGCACCAAUAACCAUGGUCACACUGCAGAGCAAGUGGCUGGUGGCAUAGACGCUAUUGUGCGGGUCAUCAGUCAACAGCAACCACAGGCCCGUGUGGUUGUUUUGGGCUUGCUGCCACGGGGCAAGAAUUCCAACCCCUUACGGGAGAAGAACAGAAGAGUGAACGAACUACUUGAGGCAAAGGUGCCGCUGCUGCCUAAUGCCUCCUUUCUCAACGCCGAUCCGGGCUUUGUGCAUUCAGAUGGGACCAUAAGUCACCACGACAUGUAUGACUACCUCCACCUGACCCGCCACGGAUAUGCUAGACUCUGCCCUGGGCUGCACAGACUACUUCUCUGUCUCCUGGGAGAAUGCCAUGCCCAGGCCCCUUGAUGCAAUGUUGCUAGCAGUGGCCAAGAUGGAGCCCAGCUCCAGCCUGGAUGACUGCAGAGGGCACUUGCUUAGAAGCUAGAAUGCCAUCACUGUCACCAUGUCCUCUGCUCUUCAAUUGGGUAAGCAACAAAUACAGCUGCCCCAGUAUUUUGUCUACCCAGUAUUGAGCACUAAAUACUGAUCCCCCUCCCUCCACCAAUCCCUUUCAGCAUGGAUAUUAGUUCAGUAGGCUGUUAAGUGGUUGCAGCGGAGGGGGGGGUGGAGAAAGCACAUUGGCUGGUAUCUGUCUAAAACAAAGUUGGGCACAGGGCAAGUUGGUGGGAACUUGCUUAUGCUUACUUAAUAAAAUUGGUGCACAAG